GAAAUCAUAUCUUCCUGUCCUUAAGUAUUUUCAAUUUAUGAGACGAAACAAUUACAGAUAUGAAACGAUUAUUAGUUUUCGUUUGGACGAUGGAGUUGCAUAUCCUUACAUCAGUAAUACUUUUGCAAACUAACAUCCACAUCAGCUAUAGUAUGACAGCUCCAAAGAUAGAAAAUAACGACAAACUCAAACAAAGGUGUGAUGAACAUAUAGUGACGACAGCUAUAUAUGUGGACUGUUCAAACAGAAAUUUGACAUCUAUUCCGCCAUUACCAAAAUUGGCUACCUCUGUAGAUUUGGCAAAUAAUCAAUUACGUAUGAUUUUGAUGGGGAAGCCCUUUCAGGGAAUGUCCGAUUUACGAGAUAUCAAUUUAUCGGAUAAUCCAUUGGAAUAUGUUACCGUCAACUUAUUUACCGGAUUGUUUAACCUCUCAAAACUUAUAAUCAGAAAUUCCCUUUUAUACAAGCAAACAACGCUUGUACUAGAUUCGUUACUAGCAGGCUUAUAUAAUUUGAAAGAAUUCUCUUUAACUUUUAAAUUACCAAAGAAUACAAAAUUCAGUCCUGUCCCGUGUUCUUUCAGGUACAAAAGUCAACCAUUUGAAAAAGUUGAUGCUCUCCGAUUUGUUGAAAUCUUAGAGAUAGACACAGCAUUGUUAAAAUGGCAAACGAAUGAAACAUUAAAAAUGGUUAUAUAUCAAACCAAAUCACUACACCUUAUAAACGGUUUUGUGUGUUUUUAUGGUACAUUAACAAAUCGGCAAUUUUAUUAUAUGCCUUUUCUUGAAAUUAUAAAAAUUGACAAUAUUUUUCUAACAAGUGAACUUACUGAUGAUUUAAUUACCACACAGAAACAUUUACAACAUCUUGCGAUAUAUGGUCCGAACACACCAUAUGGAUACGCCAUUGAUCUAAUAUACAAUGUGUCCGUUUCAAUUUCUGAUUUGUACAAAUUAAAAACACUUCUUUUAAACGGGAUCUCAAAUGAUUUAAGACUGAAGUUACAUUGUAGUCUAGGAUUAUAUAACCUUAGUGCACUAAACUCUCUUAAAACUGUGUCAUUAAUUGGAAACAGUUUAUCGUUUAAUUCCGCAGAAGAAUGUGACAACUUUCCAAAAUCUUUACAACAUCUUAAUUUACAAGAUAACUGUUUUUCGGGUUACGAUAUAAAUUACAGUGUUCUUUUUUUCAAUAAGCAAAUCAAGACCCUAAAUGCAAGCAACCAGAACAGAUGCUCGUUUAAGUCCCUUCACAAGGAAUGGAAACAAACACAGUUUCCUACACAACCUGCCGUUGAAACCAAAAAUGUGUAUAAUUUAGAAUGGUUUGUUUUGACAAACUCCAAAGAGCCGUUGCAUUUUGGAGAUUCAAAUGAUUUCUAUCCGAACCUAACAUACUUGGAUUUAUCAUCUAACUUCAAAGUCAACAGCAAAAUUCCUUCAUUCUUUUCUUCAUGCCGUCCUAGUAUAACUUUUUUUAAUAUGUCAAAAUGUAAACUCUCAGAAAUAGAAGAACAUUCCUUGUCUAACUUCAGUAAAUUAGAAACACUGGAUCUAUCAUCUAAUAUGCUUGGUAGUAUCGGUUGUGUCCUCAGUGAUAGAUUGAGCAAUCUUGUAUCUCUAGAAGUACUUAAUAUUGCAGAUAAUCAAAUCAAUUGUUUCAACUCAGUGAAGUCCAUGAGAAACUUGCAAAGGAUAAAUAUGUCCAACAAUAAAUUGCAAAACUUCGAUUUAUCCCUGGAGUAUAACUUACACUUAGAGUACAUUGAUCUCUCAAAUAAUAGAAUAUCAAAACUUUCAGAAGACAAUAUGAGGGAUUUAAAUGCAAUUUCUGAAAAACACAAUGUGGAAGUAGUUCUAUCAGGAAAUGUUUUGUUAUGCACGUGUGACACACUACAGUUACUGGAAUGGAUGAUAAAGACAAAAGUUAAAUUAGUGAAGCGUAACGAGUAUCUUUGUUCUUACAGUAAUGGAAGUAUUUCCACCCUGAAAGAAAUAUCUCACAUAUAUAGUAGUAUAAACAACGAAUGUUCACAUGCAUCAACUUUGAUCAUUUUUAUUUGUGUAAUAAUUGCUUUUUUUCUUGUAAUGGUAAGUGGAAUACUUAUGUACAAAUUCCGGUGGCAAAUCCGGUAUUGGUACUACAAAAAUAAAAUUAAGAUUCCGUACAAACCAACGUCCUACGGUUACGAACAAAUAUUUGAAUACGAUGUAUUCAUUUCGUAUGCAUCUGAAGAUUAUGAAAUAGCUAGAGCUGGGACUCUGAACGAGCUAGAAACUAAACGUGGCGUACGUGCCUGCAUUCACGAAAGAGAUUUUCAACCGGGAGAAUCCAUAGCUCUGAAUAUUUCAAAAGGAAUACGAAAUAGUAGGCGAACUAUUUUAUUUAUAUCUGAUAGUUUUCUGAAGAGUGAAUGGUGUAUGUAUGAAUUAAAUAUAGCCCGGAUGGAAUCACUGCAUUCAAAACGAAAACUGAUAUUAACAGUGAUGAUUGAGACAAUUCCAUAUCAAUCUAUUCCAGUUGAUGUGUUAGACAUCAUAAACACUUACACGUACUUACAGUAUCCGGCAAACAAAACUGACAAAGAUAUAAAUGUGUUUUGGAACAAAUGUGCUGAAUUUGUACUUGAAUCCUGAAUUACGAAAUAUAUUGUGUUCAUCUUUAACUGUAACAUGGAGAAAUAUCUUGCUACAAGUAUUUCAGGAUCAGGUCGGAGUUCUUAAUUUGCCAUUUUUUGUUAUCAGUUAUUCAUCGUAAUAUGUAAAAAGUGUAUGAUGUUGGGAUCACCAUUAAAAGAACAAUGUCAGUAGAUAAUGUUCGUUAUUAAAGAUCUUAUACUUUGAACAUGUAGGGGGAAAUUAUUGGGUCAGUUUCCAUAUAGGUUUGUACGCACUUAUAUAAAUCUAUAUAUGCAAAGUGCAAAAUUCCAAGUCGUACAACAUUCAGAACGUAAUAAAACGUAGCAAGAAACUGGACAAUUUAAUAGUGGAUUCGAUUUUGUUUUCCGUUUAUUAGCAUUGUUCAUACUUUUGAAAAAUCUGGUCUUCCUUUGCGAAUCUGAAUACCUAAAUAUGUAAAAUGUAUUCUCUUUGCAACGGUGCAAAUCUAAAUUGCAUCUACAUGUUCAUGAUGUUGUGUGUCGUGUUAACUGAACUAUUAUGUGUUGUUUUAUGCAGUCUUAGAUCGCUAAAGAGUGAAAUACACUUUAGUUUUCUUAGAAAGUUGAACGUAAAGCUGAAUCGUGUAAUAUUCAUGGAUCAAUUUAUUUAAACGUUUUCUCUUGAUGGAAGCUUUUACUGCACCAUUAUAUGAUUUCUUUUCCGAUUUUUUGUGGCAAAUGUUGCUCAAUCUUUAGAUUUACGUGUAGUGUAUUGUAAUUGUUAUCCCUAAAAUAUCUUAAACUUAUUGUAAUUAUCGUCUGCAUCUUUUUCUGUUAUUACAAGAUCGAUUGUUGCCUCCAUUUUUGCAAAUUUUAACAUAAAUUUUCCAGUCACCGAUAAUAAAUUGUAACGUCACACGAGUGAGAGGUUUAGCUAGUUAUAGACCCCGGUAUAAUCCACCAUUUUCUCUCUACAUACAGAAGUACCUGUACAAGGUCAGGAGUAUGACAGAUGAAGUUUUUUAUUUCGUUUGAUAUGUAAGAGCUGUUUACUUUCCCUUU